AUGUCUUCAAAUGCAAAGAGAGGUGCACUAGGAAACCAGGAGGUUUCCAGUGGAUCCAGGGACAAUUUAGUUAAUAAAGAUGAUAAAGAACAAGAUUUUGUAUAUCAAUAUUCACAAAUGAUCCAGUUAGAGCACGCCGUGACCAAAUUUGUGGAGUCAUAUCAACGUAUUAUCUCCCUUUCUCCGAACCUAAAGAUUUAUAACCAAGUCUUGUCAAAUCCAGAGGAAAUUCCAGUACAAAUCUUACCAGCUUUAUCUCGUUACAAGUUGAAGAUGGCUUCUGAAUUGAAAUCUGCAGAUGAACUUGACAAGAUACCGAUCCUGAAAGACCUUGGCACUUAUGCCUCCAAAUUCAAUCAAAACCCUUCAAGUAAAGAUCCCAUACUCAAUGGAAUCUCUAGUAAAGAUCUGAAAAAACUGUCAAGUGAAGUGGUACGUCCAAGUCAGGUAGAUGAAGAUGUGGAUGAAGAAGAAGAUGAUGAUGAAGAGAGUUAUGAUCCUGUGAAAAAUUCUAAAGAUACUAAAGGUUCCAAAUGGCCACCGAAAUUACCAGAGAUUAAGGAUCCAGCUGUGAGAGCAAGAGUAUUCAUUCAUAAGUCUACGAUUAAGGAUAAAUUAUAUUUAACAGAAUCUGAGAUGAUAAAGGCGCAUAAUGAGAGGCUAGAAUUUUUGGGUGAUUCCGUUUUAAACACAGUAAUAACAAUGAUUAUUUAUAACAAAUUCCCAAGGUAUACUGAAGGUCAACUGUCGAAACUAAGAAUGACACUAGUGAGUAACGAAAGGCUUAAAGAGUGGACAUUCAUGUAUGGAUUAGAGAAAAAGUUGAGAACUAAUUUUGAUAUGACAAAGGAAAAUGCUAAUUUCCAACAAGGAAAACGUAAGUUAUAUGCAGAUGUCUUUGAAGCCUAUAUUGGUGGCCUUAUCGAAGAUGAUCCCAAGCAUAAUAUGCCAAGAGUGAGAAAAUGGCUUAGUAAAUUGGCCAAGCCUGUUAUGGAUGAGGUUACCGUAAAGGAUGUUGGAUUAGAAUCUACCGAAGAUUUGGAUCUUAAUGCUAAAAGGCAAUUGUAUUCUCUAAUAGGUUUUGCCGCCUUGAAUUUACACUACGUGACGGUAAAAAGACCUACCAAUACUGAUCCAAAUACUGUAGUAGAGUGUAGGGUUGGCGAUGGUACUGUAUUAGGAUCAGGUGAAGGGAGAAAUAUAAAGAUUGCCGGAUUAAAAGCUGCCCAAAAUGUUUUGAAAGAUAAAGCUGUGUUGGAGAAAUACUCUCGUAUGCGUGCAUCUAUGCCUAGAAAUGAAUCAGCUGUAAAAUUAGAUGAAGGCAAACCUAAGAAGAAGAAGCAGAAGCUGGACGAUGGAUCUUCCAAAUAA